ACCUCUUGAAAUGGCCUUUCAUUUAUGUGCCGCAUUUACUAAGCUAUCAUUUGGAAGAAAUCAUGUUGCCCGGCAAAGAAAUGGUAAUGUUGUUGGCCGGUAUAAUUGCAUGGCUGGUUCAUCAAAUUCCAAUCAAAUUACAGUGAGACGAACUGCACACUACAAACCCACCAUCUGGGAUUAUGAUUUUGUGCAGUCACUGAAGAGUGAAUAUGAGGGAGAGAAGUUUACAGAACGAGUUAAAGAGCUAAAGGAAGAAGUGAAGAUGAUGAUGCUUAAUAAAAACAUGGUUCCUUUGGAAAAGCUGGAGCUAAUAGAUACAUUGCAAAGACUUGGAAUAGCUUAUCAUUUCAGUGAUGAAAUAAAGACAGUUUUGAAAAGCAUUUACAAUCACACUGUAAAUAAUUGGAUGAAGGAGGAUUUGUAUGCUGCAGCUCUUCAAUUUAGACUCUUUAGACAACAUGGGUUUAAGUUAUCCCAAGAAAUGUUCGAUUUCUUUCUAGACGAGCUUGGAAACUUCAAAAAAUGUCAUUGUGAGGAUUUUAAGGGAUUGCUAUCUUUAUAUGAGGCGUCAUACGUUUUAGAAGAAGGUGAAAACGUACUAGAAGUGGCAAGAAAAUUUACCACCAUUUCUCUACAGAAGCAUACUCAACUCAACAAAAAUCAUUAUCUAUCGAUCUUAAUAAGUCAGUCACUUGAGGUCCCACUUCAUUGGAGGAUGCUAAGGUUUGAGAGUAGAUGGUUCAUUGAUGUGUAUGAGCAAAAACAAGACAUGAAUCCUCUUCUUCUCCAAUUCGCUAAGCUCAAUUUCAACAUUGUACAGGCGAUGCACCUGGAUGACCUAAAAUACACUGCACGGUGGUGGAGAAAUACAGGUCUUGGAGAACAUUUGAAAUUUGCAAGAGACAGGAUAGUGGAGAAUUUCUUAUGGACUGUUGGGGUUAUAUUUGAGCCCCAGUUCGGAUAUUUUAGGAGAAUGGCAACCAAAGUGAAUGCACUAAUAACAACCAUUGAUGACAUCUAUGAUGUGUAUGGCACUUUGGAUGAACUCCAGCAAUUUACUGAUGCCGUUCAAAGGUGGGAUGUUAAUGCAAUGGAGCAGCUUCCAUACUACAUGAAACUAUGUUUUCUAACCCUUCAUAAUUCCAUCAACCAAAUAGCUUAUGACCCCCUCAAAGAACAAGGAAUUUACAGCAUUCCUUACCUGAAGAAAGCUUGGGCAGAUAUAUGUAAAUGUUAUCUAUUGGAAGCCAAGUGGCACUACAACGGCUAUACACCAAGUUUUGAAGAAUACAUGGAUAAUGCAUGGAUUUCUAUAUCGGCUCCUGUGAUCUUGGUCCAUGCUUUUUUUCUUCUCAAAAAUCCAAUAACAAAUGAUGCUUUGAAAUGCUUGAAUGAGUAUCCUCGUAUAAUUCGAUACUCGUCUACGAUUUUGAGGCUUGCAGAUGAUCUCGGAACAUCUUCGGAUGAAGUAAAGAGAGGCGAUGUUCCAAAAUCAAUACAAUGUUAUAUGCACGAGACUGGAGUUUCGGAGGAGAAAGCACGUGAGCACAUUAGAUCCUUAAUUUGUGAAACAUGGAAGAAGAUGAAUAAAGAACGAGUAGCUGACGAUUCGCCAUUCUCGGAUACUUUCAUCGGAGUAGUGGUGAAUCUAGCAAGGAUGGCGUUAUACAUGUAUCAAUAUGGAGAUGGACAUGGAAAUAAUGAGGAGGGUAAGACUAAGGAUCGUGUUAUGUCAUUACUUAUUCACCCUAUUCCUAUACAGAUUUAAUCUCCUUUUUCUUGAGAAUCUAUAUAGAACUCAUUUAAAUAUUUUAGUCCGUGUCAUAUCAAUACUAUGGGUUUAUUUGUUCAAACCCAUCAGAAUAUAUAUUUUUUUAUCUUUAAUGUCAAGUUGAAGGACUGAAAUGAAUCUUUGUUAGUUAAUAUUUAUAAAUGAAGCUUGUAAUUUUGUUGGAUAA